UCUCUUUUUACUUUUCAUUGUCUUUCGUUAAUUCUUCUUUUAAUUUGUAGGUAUCAUCAUAAACAUGCUUUUGUUACCAUUGCUCAGUCUUGUUGCAGUUGCAACCGCCAUUUCACCAAUUGAAACCAAGGGAAAUGCCUUCUUUGUCAAGGAUUCAAACCAAAGAUUUUACAUUAGAGGGGUUGAUUAUCAACCAGGUGGAUCAUCGAAACUUAUUGAUCCUUUGGCUAAUACUAAAACCUGUAAGAGAGACAUUGAAAAAUUCAAGGAUCUUGGAAUCAAUACCAUCAGAGUUUAUUCUGUUGACAAUACAGCAGAUCAUGAUGAAUGUAUGAAGGAAUUGGCAGAUGCUGGCAUUUACGUCAUUUUGGAUGUUAAUAUUCCAAAUGCUUCUAUUUCCAGAUCUGAUGCCAAAUGUUCAUACAACACUAUGUAUCUUGAAGAAGUGUUUGCAACUGUAUCAGCCAUGGCCAAAUAUGACAACACUUUAGGGUUUUUCGCAGGUAAUGAAGUUAUUAAUGAUGAAACCACCACUUCUGCUGCCACUUAUGUGAAGGCAGUUGUCAGAGACAUGAAACAUUAUAUCAAAAAUAAGAAAUUAAGAUCUAUUCCAGUUGGUUAUUCUGCUGCAGAUGUUGAAGAAAAUCGUCUUGAAACUGCUCAUUUCUUCAAUUGUGGAGAUGAUGAAAUGGCAAGAUCUGAUAUGUUUGGUUUCAAUGAUUAUUCAUGGUGUGGAAAAUCUUCAUUUACCACUUCUGGUUAUGAUCAAAAGGUUGAAGCUUACUCAAAUUACUCUAUUCCAUUGUUUUUGUCAGAAUAUGGAUGUAAUAAAAUCACUCCAAGACCAUUUACCGAAGUUGAAUCUAUUUAUUCUACCAAAAUGUCCAGUGUAUUCUCAGGAGGUCUUGUUUACGAAUAUUCCGAGGAAGCAAACAAGUAUGGUUUAGUUAAAAUUAAUGGUGAUUCUGUAACCACCAACUCUGACUAUGAUAACCUUAAGGCUGAAUUCAAAAAGACUCCAAACCCAACCGGUGACGGUGCUUAUCAAUCUUCUUUGGACUUUUCCGAAUGUCCACCACAGACUGACAAAUGGAAUGCCACCUCUACACUUCCAGACACUCCAAAGGGUGCUCUCAAGUAUCUUACUGGUGAUUCCACUCCAAAGGGUAAUGGGUUUGAUGCUUCUACUCAAUGGGCCUGUAUUGCCAAGGGUAACGAUGACCCAUCUGGUAGCGAUGGAGAUCUUCCAGGCAGCAGUGGCUCUGGUUCUUCGGGCAGUUCCAGCUCAAGCUCCAGUUCAAGCUCUGGUUCUGAUUCCAGUUCGACUUCCACUUCUAAGAAAUCCGGUUCUUACGCUUUGCAACCAGCAUCCUUAGGAAUUUUCGGAUCAUUGGCCAUGAGUGUUGUUGUUUCUGGUCUUUGCAUUAUAUAAUUAAGAUAAACUAUACAUAAAUGAUAAUAAAAUAAAGGGUCGAGAUA